GAUUGGCUGCCCAUUAGAACACGUGACUGUAUUUCCCCUAAAUAAACACAGAGAGCACCAUUGCAUGAUAAAGUUUAACAAUGUCGUUACGUGGUGCUUUUAAGCUUAUUCACCGCUCUAAUUUUGGAAUAAUGUGUUCAGUUUCCCCAGCAAGCCGAGUUUGUGUGAAAAUAGCAGCUCCUCACACACGACACAGCAGUUCAGAGGACAUCAGUCGCUAUCCAGUGCCAAACAAGAAGAACCUGCCAUUUGAUAUUGUGGAACUGAUGGAGGAGGUUGAACAGAAGGGAGGGUUUUUGCCCAAUGUCUUCAAGGUUCUUGCCCAUCGUCCUGAUGAAUUUCGGGCUUUCUUCUCUUAUUAUAAUGCCCUCAUGAACAAGGAAAGUGGGGGUCUGUCGAAAGCGGAUCGGGAACUGAUCGUUGUUGCGACCAGUGCUCACAAUCAUUGCUUGUAUUGUGUGGUAUCCCACAGUGCAUUGCACCGCAUCUAUUCCAAAAAACCCUUGCUGGCUGAUCAGGUUGCAGUUAAUUACGGGGUUGCCGAUCUGACCGCCCGUGAGAAAGCCAUGCUGGACUUUGCUCUGACCGUCUGCAGGAGUGAAACAAUAACUGAAGAACAUUUCAGCACCCUGGAGGCUCAUGGUUUUGACCGAGAGGACAUUUGGGACAUUUCUGCCAUUGCUGCCUUCUUCGCCCUGUCCAACCGCAUGGCCCAUCUGACUGACAUGAGACCUAACACAGAGUUUUACAACAUGGGUAGAGUGCCGAGAGACCAAGCAAAAGCCUCUGAUGGGCAGGUCAAGGGCGAAUAGACUCAUAUCAGACUUUGGAUCAAAGGUAUAAUAUAACACCAAAAAAACCUGUCAAAUAAUCAUUAAGCUGGAUGUUAAAAUCAGGAAAGAAAACAAGUUUUGCUAAAUCUCACCCUAAGUGGCUUCUCUAACACUUUCACUGCUGUAUGCACAUGUAGAUUUUGAGUUUUAAUAGUUACAUUUGUGUGUCAGUGUUAGUCCUCAAAAUUAUAUC